CAGUUCAACCUGGUGAGCGCAGCGAAGUGAACGCUGGGCAGAGUGUUGAGCGGUUAAAUAAGAAAAGUGACUCCCUACAGAAAGUAGGGAAUAAAUUCCCAGCUAGUAUUUUGCGCCAGCUAAUUCAGCGAUUGUCGUCCAGUGUGGCCAGAGCUCGGUUACUUAUGGGCUGACGCUGUUGCUGCUGCUCUUGCGUGGCAUAUGAAGCUCAACAUAUGGCAGCAGUUGGUAUCGAUGCCAAAAUGCAGCACACUUAUCACAAGCACUUUGCGCACUUUUCACCCUGGUGGGCCGAUUAUCAUGGCAAGCAAUGUACAGCAACAGCAACAAGUGUGGCAGCAAUACAAUACAACAACUAGAGGGCAACAGCAACAGCAGCAGCAGCAGGUGGCAGGUAGAGGAACAGCCGUGUGCCAACAACAAGAACAAGGAGCAUGGUUUAAGCAGCUAUUGCAACGGCAACAGCAACAACAAGAAUUUGAGCUUGAACAACAACAAUUGCGAACUCAGACGACGCAUACCACAUCGCAGCAGCAGCACCGUCGUCUAUUGAUCAGGAGCAGAGCAGCAACGUUAACGUCAACGUCAAAAUCAGCGUUGCGUAGCGGCAGCGGCCUGAGCCGCCUAUGCAUCAAUCUGGACGCACUGAGGAAAUCCUCGAGGCAGCUGCAAUUUGGUUCGUGGGCAACGCUACUGCUACUGCUGCUGUUGCUGGCCACGCAUGGAGAUUUUGUGCAGGCGGAGGGCAAUGUUGGCUGCCAGUUUGUUAGGACGCUUUGCAUAUCCCACACCGAGGUCUGCUACGAUGACAACAUCUUUGGCAAGUGCAUACCAACCACUGGAGUCGACGUGGAGGACAUUGAGAAGACACCACUCACCGAGGACCAAUCUCGACUGUUGGCCACCAUGUUGGAGGAGCUUCAGGGCGCCGGCUUAGGCUGGGAUCAUCAUUAUGUCCAGUGUCGCAUCCAAGGAGCACUGUUCUCGCUGCAACGACAACAACAGUUGCCGCCGAAUCUCUGCGCGAACUUAGCUCCAUCGCCUCCCGAAUACGCUGAUCCUGCAAGCGCUUUGGCAUACGUACGCUUCAUACCACCCGAGCAGGAGCCGCAGCUGGACUACUAUGAGCCGGAGCAUGAGCAGCUUUAUCCGAUGAGCAAGAAACAAUUGCAGAAAGGCGGUCUCGAUAGCAUCUUGCAACAAUUACAGGUGCAGGAACGUCGUCGCUUGCGUCAUGAUCCGCUCGAACUGGAGCAUUUUGGCAAGCUGGAGGGGCAUGAAAAGAGCACACAACUGGAGCUACCAAGUGUAAUGGAUGCAUUCCUCGAUACAGAGCGGCAGCGCAUGGAACGCGAACAACAAUUGCGUCUAGCCGAACUGGAUGCCAGCCAGAAGGCGGAGCAACAGAAUCGCCUGGAAUUGUAUCAGAUCUUGGCUGCCUCCGAGCCCGAUCCGCAGCCCUAUCAGCGCAACCAGCAGCCAGCGAAUGCGAUGGAUCAACUGGAAGCGAUUGUCGAGCAGCAACAGCAACAGCAGCAGCAGCAGAAACAGAAACAGCAGCAGGAACAAGAUCAGCCGCAGCCAGCACCAGCCUAUAUGCCCGACGAGGUGAACGAGUCCAGUGAGCUAUAUUUUCCGGAUAACUUUGCACCGCUGAAGCGACGCGUAGCUCCACACUCCUUCUUCCGUGAGUUGGCCAACGAGCAGAUAACACCCGAAUUGGUGAAGCGACGUCCAGACGACAACGAAGCGCAGGAUCAGCAAAUGGAGGCACAGGAGCUGGCAUUGGAGUCCAGUUUGCGGCGAAAUUCGCUGACACCCUUGGAGGAGGAGGCCAUGUUGGCCUCCAAUAGCUUCCCGCGCGCCCAACACAAUCAGCGCGUCUACACCGAGGGUGGCAUGCUCCUGAUGCCACAGCUGCCCGAGCAGCUCUCCGAAGACUCUGCGCAGGCGGAUGAGCCAGCGGACAUGAAGCAAACAUUGUUGGCCAACAUGUUGGGUUUUGCCCGUCACGAGCGGUUGGAUGUGAAGAAGCCAGGACCGCAGCUGGGUCCACCCGCAGAGCUGAGCAAUCAAGUGGAGACGGACAAGCCGCGACGCCCGACGGACAAUGUCAACAAGGAGGUGCUGCCUGCGCAUAUCAAGGGCGGCGAUUCCAACGAGCCGUACAAGAAGAAGAAGGUCAUCAAGGAGCAACACUCGGACGAGGAUCAUGCGCCGCACACCGUAGACACUGAAUAUGCUCAUGUGUUCGUCAAGAACCCCAUUGACAGUUGGUACGAUGGGCAGCGCAUUAUGAAUGAGCUGGCGCAAAUACUACACAUGCAGGGAUACUUUUCUUAUUUAACCGUUCAACCACACGAAGUAAGCUUCCGGGUGGACUCAAACAACCCCGAUCGCAAGACGGCCGCCGAUGUGGCACGCUACAUCAACGAGAACCGCGGCGUCAAGAACAACAUCCAGCGGCGCGUCGGUUUUUAUGUGCUGUACGCCGGCGUCGGUGAUCGUGUCAAGGAUCUGCGAGAUCCGAGCAUCACUGCGUCGCACAUUGAGCUGGCCGAACAGGGACCGGAUGUGACCCACAUUAUGGCCUAUAUGUUUGCCGGCGCAGGUGCCGCGGCGGUGAUUGUGAUCUUUGUCACGUUGAUACUGAUCAAGCGGCAUGAUCGCAAGCGUGAUAAGCUGGGUGGAUUGCAAUCGGGUAUGACGGGCGCGGAGAGCUGCAGCAAGGACUAUCAGGAGCUCUGUCGCGCAAGGAUGGCCGGCAAAAAUGGCAACGCAACGCCGGGCAAUGGUGGUUCUGGUUCUGGUGCUGGCGGUGCUGGUACUACCGACCAGUCGCACAGCGGACGCAUCACAUCGCUGAGCAAGGAGAACGAAGCACGACCACCAUCCUCACGCUCCAGCACUUCAUCGUGGAGCGAGGAGCCAGCACUGACGAAUAUGGACAUCUCCACUGGACAUAUGGUGCUGUCCUACAUGGAGGAUCAUCUGCGCAACAAGGGACGAUUGCAGCGCGAAUGGGAGGCACUGUGUCGCUAUGAAGCGGAACCCAGCGCUCGAGAUGCCGCCUCCCAGCCGCAAUGUGCUAAUUUCAAUCGUCCGGGCGCUCCGCUUCCCUAUGAUCAUUCGCGGGUUGUGCUUAAUCAUUUGGCCAAUGCUGAGGGUCUGGAUUAUGUGAAUGCAUCCACAAUUACCGAUCAUGAUCCGCGGGCACCCGCCUAUGUGGCAGCCCAGGGUCCGCUACCCUCGACACUGGCGCACUUCUGGCAAAUGAUUUGGGAGCAGGGCGCCGUUGUUAUUGUUGCCCUGUGUCGACUGCAGGAGAAUGGAGAGGUUGCUUGUGCGCGAUACUGGCCGGAAGAAGGUGCCGAGGUUUAUCAUAUCUAUGAGGUUCAUUUGGUUAGUGAGCACAUUUGGUGUGAUGAUUACCUCGUACGUUCUUUCUACUUGAAAAAUCUGCGCACAAGCGAAACUCGCACCGUCACCCAAUUCCAUUUCCUGUCCUGGCCGCAGAUGGGCGUGCCGGCGCAGGCCAAGGCGCUCCUGGACUUUAGACGCAAAGUGAACAAGUCGUAUCGUGGUCGUUCCUGUCCCAUUGUGGUGCACGGCAGUGCUGGAGCGGGACGCACUGGAUCCUAUAUCCUGCUGGAUCUGGUGCUGGGACGUAUGAACAAAGGAGCGCGUGAAAUCGACAUUGCCGCCACUCUGGAGCAUCUGAGGGAUCAGAGAGCUGGAGUGGUGGCCACCCGACAACAGUUCGAGUUUGUGCUAAUGGCUGUCGCGGAGGAGGUGCAUGCGAUACUCAAGGCCCUGCCAGCGAAUACAUCUGGCGAGAAGCGGGAGUUGGACAAGGAGAGUGGCGCAGCGAAGGAGCCGCUUAAAGAGGACAAGGCACAGGAGGCCGCGGAAGAGGAGCCACCCACCAGCAGCACCAAAGCAGCAGCUGCAGCGGCAGCCAAGGAGAAGGAGAAGAAAAAGGAAAAGGAGCCGCCGAAGGAGCAAAAAACGCCGGCCAAAACGGAGCCACAGCCGGCCAAGAAGUAGGCAAAAACAAAUACAUAAAAAAAACAAAACAAACCAAAAAAAAAAAAAAAUGAUAACAAAAACAAAACAACUUUUAGUUCAAAUCACGUUUGUUGCAGCGUUUCGGGGGUCUAGAUUUAUUUAAUUAGUAACUAGUGAUUAAAACAUAUUUUAAACAAAUUUAUGAUUUUUGGGUAUAAGCACAAGGAAGGUUCGAAAAAGGCAAACUAUGGUCGGCUAGCGUUGGAUACACAUUUAGUUACUAAUACAAAUUGAAAAGCCUAAGUUACGCACAAAUGCACCAAGAGUUAAACAACGCCUGCAACGUUGCAGCAUCGCUUGCCACAUGGCCAGUACGCUGUUUCCUGUGCACACACCAGCCCGUGACAUUUGAAAUGCGUUUCUGGCGGCGGUUUUUUAAAGCGUUUCUGCUCGUGCGGUGUUCAUCACUUAAUGCACAGAUUAUAUUAUAUGAAACAUAUAUACAUACAAACAUAUUUGAGUGUUAUAUACAAGAAAUAUUUAUAUAUAUCUAUAUACAUCUAGUAUAUUAUACAUGUGUAGCUGUUAAGCAUUUAAAUUCGAUUAUGAAUGCAUUUUACCUUACGCGUUUAUCGAUGUUGGCAUAAGCUUCAUCUGAAUACACUUACACUAAUCGAUGUGCUUGAAAUAACCAGUGAGAAAGACAACAAGAACAACAAAAUACGAACUGGCUAAGUGGUAUACAUAUGCCAAGAGAGCCAAACAACAGAAACACAAACACAAACACACAUAAAAACAUACAUGCAUCCACAA